AUGACCUCAGCUGACCCCCCGCCCCCGCUGGAAUGGGACUGGGACGCCGAGCACGCAGAUCGAAAAGAGGAGGCCAAGGCGGAUGCCGCGCACCACCAUGCGACCCCCUUCCAGGUCGACCGGAAGCUGCUCAAGGACAUCGUCCACGAGCGCAUGGGUGCCGAAGUCGCUCGAAUCAAGUUUCUCGGUGCAGGUACUUUCCAUAAAGGAUACUUGGUCACCCUUGUCAACCGUCGAGAGCUUGUCGCGCGCGUAGCCCGUCGCUUCAUGCCGCGGCUCAAGACGGAGUCGGAAGUCGCGACGAUGCACUAUCUCCGCGAGCGCACAGGCAUCCCGGUUCCCGAAGUGUAUCACUACGAUGCGAACCCGUACAACCGGCUGGGUGGCGAGUACAUCUUGAUGUCCAAGGCGGCGGGCAUCCCGCUUGCAAAAGUCCUGCACUCGAUGCCUCACACCACGCUCGUCGCGCUGUUGGAGAACAUCGCGAUGCUCGUCCUCCCGCUCUUCGGUCACCGCUUCCCGAUGAUCGGCUCCCUCUACGAUGGGCCCGACCCCGAGCCCGUCUCAGACUUUUCUUCUUCGCUCCCCACUCCGACCCCGUCUUCAUACCAGCGCUUCACCAACAUCAGCGACGCGUUUUUCAAGGCCGCGCACGAAUCAAAAGUCGCCCAGACGCACGUGGGCCCGAUCAUCUCCUGGCCCUUCUUUGGCUCCAACCGCGGCGAGCUCACCCAUCCGGACGAGAUCAACCGUGGCCCGUGGGCGAGCACGAACGAGUACCUGCGUGCGUGCACCGAGCGCGAGAUCCGCGGCGUCAUCCUCGAGAACGAGGGCAAGACCGCGCCGCACCGGCUGCACCUCGAUCCGGACGAGAUCGAGACGUCGCGGCACCACCGCGUGUCCGCCGUGCCGGACGACCGCUCCGACACCUCGGACGAGUGGGACUGGGAGGAGAGCGAGGCCGAGUGGGACGGCGGCGCGGGCGACACGAUGUACCAGGACUACCGGCGCAUGCAGCGCUCGACGUUCCUCGUCGCGCACCUCGCGCAGCGCGAAGAGCGUGUCCACGCCGAGAUGGUGCGCUUCCUCCGCCUCAUGGAGCGCCUCGGCGUUUCCAGCCACGCUGAGGGCGAUGGCGGUGGUGGAGGCGGCGCGGGCGAGCAGGAGGAGUUUACGAUCGACUGCCACGAUCUGAACCUCGAGAACGUUUUCGUCGACGAGAACGACAACUCGAAGAUCACGUGCAUCAUCGACUGGGAGUCGACGACCACCCGCCCGCUCUGGGCGUGCGCGCACGUCCCCGCCUUCCUCCAAUCCUCGCCCUUCACCGCAAAGCUCUUCCGCGCGACCGUCGAGCGCCUCGCCCGCUCCCCCGACGUGCUCACGAUCCACGGCCGCCCCGCGCCCGUCCCGCUCGCCGACCUCGCCCGCUCGUGGCUGCACCACGAGGCGACCGGCGUGCGCCUCCGCAUGGCGCACCGCUGCAUCGAGUGGGACGGCUGGGAGGAGGGCCUCGUCGGGGGCAUCCUCGGGCCCGAGGACCAGGAGGAGGACUGGUUCCGCACCUGGGACGACGGCGACGGCGCGGACGCGCACACACCGGACCCCGCGGACCUCGACGCGCGGGAUGUCGCGGCGGACGAGAGCCCGGAGGACGCGUACGCGUCCGACUCGCCCGUCGCCGCGAUCUCGCUCGACUCGCUCUCCUUCGGGCAGUCCGCGCCCUCGAGCGAGGAGCCGUCGCGCCGGCCGAGCGUCACGAGCGGCGCCGGGAACGCGAGGGCGAACGGGCCCGGGAGCGGGAGCGGGAACGGCGCGGGGGCGGUGCCCAAGGUCGUCGCCGCGGUGGAGAAGGCGCGCGAGAAGCUGCUGAACGCGACGGGCGACUUCUGCGGCGGGCGCGGCGGCGAGCUCGGCCGGCGGCUCGAGGCGUGGCUCUACGUCAACGGCGACGCCGACGGGCGCGUCGAGCUCGGGCGCCGCUGGGAGGGCGACGACGUAGAGGUCGACUGA